CUUAGCGUGCAGAGAGAGAGUACUCUUGAAAAAAAAUAGGAGGAGGUGACGAGUCUGUCUGAUGACCGUUAAAAGUUGGAAAUGCAGAAAGCCAGAUAGAGACAGAGAGAGACAGAGAGAGAAGUUGGAGAGCAACCCAACUUAAUAUUUUCUUCAUUUGAAAGCUUUCCUCCCGAAUCCUCAUCCUCGUUGUCACUGCAAAUUGCAAUUUACCAGUCACUUUCACCAUAAAAUCUCUGACAUCCUCUGCUAUAUAUAUAUCUCUCUCUUUCUUUCCCUUUCCAUUUUCUUAUUUUUCUCAUUAAUUUUCCAUAACUUCUCCUCCUCCUUGUUCAACUCUCUCCAGUCUCCAUCUCCCAUUUGAGAUUAUGCUUUCUGGGUUUCUUUCUACACAUUCAGUUUGACGUUGAAGUUCCAAGAUCUGUAUAUAUACUGCAAGAAAUCCAGAGGAAUCUGCAUAUUCAGAGCAAAAGGCUUCCAUUUUUUCUCAAGUUUUCCAGCUCUCCCAAUUCACUCAUCGUGGCAAGGAUGACACCCCCGAGAAGCCCUAUGCCAAGAAGCCCUAUGCCGAAAAGCCCUAUGCCGAAGAGCCCUAUGAUAUGCGAAAAGUACGAGACAGGAUGUAUGUGGCAUUUAUAUGGCCUCUUUAACUUUCGUCAAGGUCGUUCGAAUAAGAAGCUGCUUUCGCACCAGAGCCAUUUAAAGAGAACUGAUGACGGAAAUUUUAAGACCAAGCUUGAUUUGCUUAACAAAAUGGAUGAGAAGAGCGAAAACAUGGGUGAUGCAAUGAAGAACAAAACUCAAACAGUUGACUCAAAUAUGACAAGUACAAGAAAGCUUAAGGGGGAAGAGUUGUCAACCGAGCUGCAGAUAAAUAAGAAGAUUGCUACUGAUGAAGUGAAACAUAUGCAAUCUGAUUCUAAAUUCGUUUGUCCUGUUACCAAAGAAAUGGAAAGUACUAGCAAUAAUCAUCAGAGAUCUAAUGAGAUACCACUUCACGGUCUGAAGAAUGAAACUAAGCAUCGAAAACCUCCUAGUUCAACUUCAGUGGAAAAACCCCACUCAGCAGCAUUGCCGGAAGUAUUAAGCAAAGAGAUGCAUAGAAAAAAGCGAACAGGAUGUGGCUGUAAAAGCAUUGAUUAUGUAAAGUAUGACCAGCUUAAUGAGAAUAAUAUUCCACCGGGACAAAUGAAUGCAGUGGAGGCCAUUGUAAGUCAAAAAUUCAUUAACGGGGUGAACUACCAGUCUAAACAGUUCUCAGAUGCGUUGCAGAUUUUGAAUUCGAAUAAAGAAUUGUUUAUAAAACUCCUACAAGACCCCAAUUCUCUGCUAGUCAAACACAUCGAAGACCUCCGAGAAUCUCAGGCAAGAAAACAUCAGAGUAAAUCUGUCUGUGAAGAGAACAUUUCAGAACAAAGGACAAGUAAAGCAAGGCAAUCUGAAGGUCCUUCCGGCAUUCACAAGUUAAAUUCCUGUGAUAUUUACCCAUCUCAGGCAAGUGGUGAUUGUGGAUUUUCAGAGAGAAUAGUAGUUUUAACACCUACCCCACCGAGAUUGCAAAAUUCUUCAGACAGUAUCAAUUCUUGCUCCUCCAUUCAAUCUUAUUACAGCUUGAGAAGUAAUGGGGAAACUGAGAGGCCUGCAAAUUUUUCCCUCAGCCAUAUAAAGAGGAAACUGAGACGUGCUAUAGGGGUAAGCAGCAAAGAGCAGGACUCGAAGACAAUCAAUGGUACACUUCAAAUAUCUCCUUGCCAAGUCUCUGAAGACGAUUCUAAAGGAAAAGGUGUAGAGAUCAUUAGAAGAAAUUCACCUGGCUCCAAUAAUGCUGCUGACAGUGGAGUAGUGAGCAAGUCUUCUCUUGAUAUCGAGAACAGAGUCAACAUAAGCAAGGUGAAUGAAGGUGAAUCAAACAUUGGAUGUGAAGCUGCGUCAACCAGUGGAUGUGGCCUUCAAAACUCAAACAUUUCGCUUGCUAGCCGACCAAAGCGAAAAGAAUCUGAAACUUUUGUGGAGGCUAUGGAACAUCUGUCGGAAUUGUUAACGAAUGGAAAAAAGGACAAGAACAACUUUGAAAGACAGGCACAGAAAACCUGGGAAAAGGUGGCAUCAUUUCCUGAGUAUGACUUCUUGCCUACACGCAGUCCGGCGAGGGACUGGGAAAAUACAUUUGUUGAUGAACCAAUGCGAUUUUCACCCUACGGCAAUUACCAACUGGUAUAUGAGAACAAGUCUAGGCUUCAGAAAGAAAAGAAAACCUGCUACUCGAGUCCACUGAGGCAGGACAUAGAGGCCAUGCCUGAGAAUAAGAAACUUGAUGAUCAAUUGCAAGUUAUUGAUAUACAGCGAAAUAUUCACACCAGAGGGCUGGGAGAUAAUUCAAGGCUUAAAGGCUGUGUCCAAAUUGUAAAGAAUAAUUCCACUGCGCACCGAGGAGAAACUAAUUCCAUAGGAGUGUCCUCUAUGCGCCCAGGAGAACCUAGUUCUUUGGAAGUUCUAACCAAACCAGAUAGCAUGGAGAAGACCAACACUACAGAGACUAGUGAUGCUACAUGCCAAGGAGAAACUGAUCCUUUUGAGGAUCAGCCACUAACAUCUUCACCAGAUGUUUUCUCAGCAACUCCAAUUAUUCAGAGGGUGGAGAGUUCUGAUAACAUUGAAGAUAAACGAGAGCAGCCAAGUCCAGUUUCUGUACUUGAGCACUAUUAUUUAGACGUCACCAGUCCCGCAAGCACCAUAUCUGAACCUGCCGAAGAGCUCCAAUCUCAACCUCUUACAAGGUCCCCUCUGUACAUUGAAACUUCUUCUUUGAGUGAACACCAAGUUAUCUCGGAGUACGUGAGGGCAGUGCUUCAAGCUUCCAGCUUAAAUUGGGAUGAGCUUUCACUGAUGUGGCAUUCAUCAGAUCAACUGCUUGACCCAUUCUUGUUUGAUGCAGUCAAGUUGCAGGCUUACCAAUUCAGUGAUGAUUGUAUGCUACUCUUUGACUGUAUAAAUGAAGUCCUUGUCGAGGUAUAUCAUACUCAGCUUCCAUACUCCCCGUGGGUGUCAUUUAUCAAGCCAAUUGCCUCAAGACAACUUUCCAUUGAGAAAACUGUGAUUCAUGAGGUGAUGAAGUCUGUUGAUUGGUACCUCUUACCGCAUUCAUCACCACGGAAGUUGCAGAAAAUUGUUGAAAAGGACAUAACAAGCUCUGGAACAUGGCUAGAUCUCCGGAAUGAUUCUGAGGAGGUUGUUUUCGAGAUGGUAGAAGAUGUUUUAGAAGAACUGAUCAUGGAAACCAUAUUUUAGCAGCCCUUCUGAAAAAUUAUACUACCUAUAGAUUUGGUCUGCAUUGGACAAUGGAAAUUAGGCACUCGGGUAGGUUAGAAGAACUGGUUUUAAGUCACUUGAGAAAUGUCUUAUGACUCCUUGAACAAGCAUGCAAAAAUCAGUAUUGGGCACGCUUGGAUCUCAUUUUGUGUACACUGUGUAUAGUUUACUGUAUGGGGAGGUCAACGUAUGUAUCAAGCUAGAUAAUAAGCCUUGUGUCUAUGGUCUAGUGUCGACGGAAUAAGUCAACAAUGUAUUUCAAUCUAGCUAACAAAACGAAGUAAAGAAGAUAAAUAAUAUGAAAGGUUGACUGUUCCAAGUA